AUGAAUCUUUUGAAGUUUCUUUAUGGAGAAUCAUCAAAAUAAGAAGCUAAUUAAAAGAUAUAAAAACAUAUAAUUUACUCAAAUGAUGAUGAAUAUUAAGGUGAGAUUAUGAAUGAUAAACGUCAUGGCAAAGGAACCUAUAAAUUUGCGUCAGGAAAUCGUUAUGAAGGGUAAUGGAAGAAUCAUCAAAAACAUGGUAAAGGUAAGUUAUAUUACAAAAAUGGGGAUCUCUACAUAGGAGAUUGGAUUGAAAAUAAGAAGUGUGGAUAAGGAAUGCAUUUUUAUAUAAAUGGGGAUAGAUAUGUUGGAGAAUGGAAAGAUGAUGAAAGGGAUGGUUAAGGAACUUUAUAUUAAGCUGAUUAAAAUAUAUACUAUGGUAUUAGAAGAUAGAUUAUACAGGAUAUUUUAAAAUGAAUAAAAAGUGUGGAGAAGGCUAUUACUUUAACACUCGCGAGAAGAAAUAUUACCUAUAACAUUAUGAAUAUGACAUCCUUUUAGAUAGUGUAUAGAUUGAAGAUGUUCCAUCCUUUGUACUUGAAAAAUUCCAUAUAAAACCUGAAAGAAACCAUAUUGAGAGUGAGAAGAGUGAAGAUUGCAUCAUUAAAAUAGAAGCUAGUCCUACAGUAUAGAAUGAUAGUGAUAAAUAAAAAGAUCUAUAACCUAGUGGAUAGAGUGGUUAAGGGGAAUCUGAUCCUUAAUUAAAAGAAGAAGGUAAAUCUUAAUUAAAUUCUCUUGGGAAUUCCUAAUAACAUGGAUUUUUGAGUUUAUAAGUAUUGGAAAAAUUGGAAGAAUUUGAGAGUUAAAAAAAUAGUAAAAUUAUUGAAAUAUAUUAAAAAUAUAGUGUAGGAAUGGUAAUUAGAAGAAGUUUGCAAUUGGUUAGAUUAAUUAUAAUUAAGUGAAUAUAAAGAUGAAUUUAUUAAGAACUAAAUGACUGGUAAAACUCUUUAUACUUUAACUGAUAAUGAUUUAAAAUAAGAUUUGGGAAUAUCUGUCUUGGGACAUCGAAAGAAGAUUUUAUAAUCCAUAGAAGAAUACAAAAAAUAUUAUGUGAAAUUUAUGGGAGGAAGGGUUCGGAUGAAAAAGCCUUUGGAAUCUUUAGAAGAAAGAAAAGGACUAUACAAUUCUAUAGAACAUUAGAGAUUUAAAAGUCUAUUUUCAUAUAUGGAAAAGAUUGAAGAGGAACAAAAUGAACAUCAUGAUAAUAAUAAAAGCGACUCAUGUAGUGAUUCUCCUAGUGCGAAUAAGAGAAAGAAGAAUAAUAAAGAUAAUCCAAAAUCACCUACAAGAUCUAUAUCAAAUGAUUCAGAUUAAGGAAAUUUAAGUGAUAAUAAUAAAUCAUUAAGAUUGAAAAGACAAAAAAGUAAAAGAAGUAAAAAGCAAUAGAGAAAAUAAACUGUAGAUAUGUUGAAAUCUGGAGAAUCUGCAGACGAUGAAGAUGGUAAAUAACAUCUAACUUCACCUGUUUGUAUUUGAUAUUUUUUAUAUAUUUAGAAUCUCCAAAUAAAGCUAGUAACAAUGUAAGUGAUUAAAAGAUUGAGAUUCUAGUAUUGAAUGAGUGUUCAAAUAUUGGAGAGGAGAAUAAAGAAAAAGAUUUUUAUGGAGUGAAUGAAUUAUCUAGAUAAUCUACAAAUAAAUAACAAGAGAUAUCAGAAUUCAUAUCAUCCAAAAGUCCACCUUAAAUUAUUAAUAAUAAUGAAGAAAACAUUACUUAAUUAUAAUCUAUUAAUUAAUAGUUGUAAAGAUAGAAAUCAGAAAUUAAUGGUAUUAAAUUUUAGGAUUAAGACUCAUCAAGCUAAGAAUCUGAUGUAUCUGGAAAUGAUACAAGUUCAGAAUCAUCAGAUGAAGAGAAAUAUAAAAAUCAAAAGAAAUCUAGAAGAUUAAAAGAAAUUAAUAAGAAAGAAAAAGAGAGGGAUGAUAGAUAAUAACAUCAUUUACCAAAAAAACUACUUGUUAUGUUAAAAGAGUUUGGAAUUAAUGAAAGAGUAUUAAUAGUAUUUCAUGAAUUAACUAUUGGAUAAAUAAUUGGUGAAGGUGGUUAUGGUGUAGUUCAUAAAGGUAAAUGGCUUGGUUAAGAUGUGGCUAUUAAAUCAUAUGGAAAAAGAAAAUCUUAAGGAAAUUUAAAAUACAAAUUAUAAAUGGCUGAUUUCUUGAAAGAAGUAGAAGUUAUUUCAAAUCUACGUCAUCCUAAUAUAGUCUUAUAUAUGGGAGUGUGUAUAAGAAAAUAGAAUUAUUAUUUGAUCACUGAAUAUCUGGAAGAAGGGAGUCUUUUUGAUCAUCUUCAUAAAAAGAAAACACAUAUAGAUUAAAAAGCUUUAAUGUAAAUAGUGGAAGACAUUGCAUUAGGAAUGAAUUAUUUACAUGGUAGAAAAGUAAUGCAUUGUGAUCUAAAAUCAUCUAAUGUUCUUAUAGAUUAAAAUUGGAAUGUUAAGUUAUGUGAUUUUGGUUUAUCUAGAAUAAACAAAAAAAUAGAUCAUAAAAUAAACAAAGGAGCUAGAAUAGGUACUCCUAAUUGGAUGGCUCCAGAAAUCAUGAGAGGAGAACCAUAUUAAGAAAAAGCUGAUGUUUAUAGUUUUGGAAUGAUUCUAUGGGAAAUUAUUACUUAAUAAAUACCAUAUGAAGGUUUAUCAUAAACUUAAAUAAUUGGUUCAGUUGGAUAUGGAUAGGAUUAAGUACCUAUUCCUUCAAAUAGCAAUCCUUCAAUUUUACUUUAAUUAGCCAAAAAAUCUUUAAAGAAGAAUCCUGAUGAUAGACCUACUUUUGCUGAUAUUGUAAAUGAAAUUCAAAUGGGAUAAAAAACAGAUGCCAAACUAAAAAGUAAUUAAAAAUAUUAUUUAAUUAUAGAAUAGGCUAUAAGAUAACUUAUGGAUUUUUUUGAAUGA